AGACUUUAAGUGCAGAAGACGCCGCCACUUGUUUGCUUCAUGGCUUUCAAGGCCGUUUUUUGCUUCUUUCCCGGGGAAGACAACGUUGUCCGUGGACUCAGUGGAGGGAUUCCAGAUUUAAAGCGAUGGCGCUGAGGCUGCAGUUCAGAAAAUGAGCGCUGGAAGAAGCCAGAACUGGCUGCGGCGGAGGGCGUUACAAGGUUACAACCUUGGCGACUGGUCAAGAGUGCCUUAAAAAAAAAAGAUUUGGAGAAUUCAAAGUAGCCCGUUCAGUCUCUGGGCCUUGCAAAAUUGGCAGUGGACUCCCCUGCAGAAUUGGGUUGCAGGAUGGACGUGCAAAGUUUGGUGCACCGUUUUUACACCCUGCAGACCGAGCGGGUAGAAGCUUACCAUCUCCUGGAGGAGGGCCACCAGGCGUAUCUCCGGAGCGCCCCUGAUUACGACUUUCUCCGAUAUCGCCAGCUGGUGCACGAGAUCACGCUGGCAUUCAGUGGCAUUUCCCAGGAGAUCUUGCAGAUCAAGGAGAAGCUGGAGGGGGCCCACGGCCGGAGAGACCUGGCUGAGCACCUGGGACGCAUCCAGGAGAAGGAGCAGGAGAAACUGGAGCUGACAGCACAACUGCAGCUUGCUAAACAAAAUGUCCAGGACCAGCCCGGGGUGGAAGCACACACACAGGAGGUGCAAGAAUUGAAGCACAAGCUAAUUCAAACCAUCGAAGCAAUCAGCGAAAUUCUUCAGGAUUUCAAGUACGAUUCGGAAGAAAGCAGUUGACAAGCCAUCCCGCGGGAGAAGGCUGAAGAAAGGCUGGGGGGGGCAGCCGGAGACGCAAGAGCCCCCCCGGCUAAGGCUGGUUCUCGUCUGCCCGCCUCUCGCCCACCCCGGCUUCUUGCGUCGUGCCAGGCCGAUGCCCGUGGGCAAGACACCGCAGGAGGUGCUGGGCUCGAUGCUGGCUGGCUGCCUGCCCAACAGAUCCGGUUCUCAGAAAAGCUUCUUUGCGCUUGGUCUCGACCGCCUUUAUGAGAUGGGGAAAAUGGCUUGUUUAUGUUCUGAAAUAAAGUGGGUUUUUUUUUUACCCCUUCAAUAAAAAAGGCAGACUCCUUU